AGAGAGGCAUUCGGAGAUGCAUAUCACGGGCUUACAUGGUGAGCGUGCGUUAUCAGCAUGGCCACUAUCGCCGAGGCCGGGAUAUCUCCAUGGUGGUACCACCAACUAUGUGUAGGCCCACCAACAGGCUCCUGGAGCGUGCCGACACGCAAAUGGCGAGAGAGGCGAAUGCGAUAGCCACAACACAUGCAUGGAGCCCCGAAUAGCGACGCUGCUGGGGAACUCGCCCACCGUCACCGCGCUCUCGCGGACGCCUCCCCCGCGAAAGCCGCACCCCGUUGAGCCCACGACAACAAACCACCAUGGAAAUGCUCGCGCGAACGCAGCCCCGACGACGGCGUCUCUGCCUGGUCAGAGCCAGAGCCAGAGCCAGAGCCAGAACCGCCACCAGCACAGUCCGAGCCAAGAGGCUGCGCCGAAGCGGCAGAAGCCCAGCGCCCCGAUCGCGAGCGUGCUGAACACGGUUACGCCCUUCAGCGGCCGCCUGAGUGACCUGCUGCUGGACCCGUCCCAGCAGCAGGCGGCACUCAAGCGCAAGAGAGGCGACGAGCCGGCAGACGGUCCGCCGCCGACAGGCGCCGAGAACUCGCUGCUGACGCUGCCGAAGCCGCAUCAGCAGCCCAAGAAGAGCACAAAGCGACCGCGCAUCCCGCCGCUCUUGCAGGGCCUGCAUCAGGUGCCUCCGCAGGCGCAGAGCAGGCUGUUCCCGCCCAUCACAAGCGAGUCGGGUGCCUUUGGGCGCGACCGCGGCGACGGCGCACCGCUGCGGGGCACCAACGGCCCAGAGAGGAGGAAGGAGCAGCCCACCGAAACACCGCUCCACGCAGCUCCAGGGGACCGCACGGCUGUCGCGCAACAAGACGCUCAGACCGAAGCACCAGCGAAGGGCGCCUCGGCCUCUGCGAGCGAUGAGGAGAGCCGGGCAGCCGCCACCCGCUCUGCGUCGUCGCCAACAACAACGACAGGGACCAAAGAGCUGCGGAAAAGGAACAAGUGGUCGGAGCAUGAAACCAAAGACUUGCUGCUCGGCGUCAGCAGAUUUGGCAUUGGCAGCUGGAAGAAGAUUCUUCAGUGCCCCGACUUCACCUUCAAUCAGCGCACUGCUGUCGAUCUAAAGGACCGCUUUCGCACAUGCUGCCCAGGAGAAGGCCUCAAGGCUAGGAAGCCGAAGCGCAAGGGAGAUUCCCCUGGCGAUAGUUCACAGAGCACGCCUACGUCCUCUACAACGUCGAGCAUGUCAAGCAAUCCAGAUCCCGUUGCGCAGGAAACCCUGGAAACCAUCGUCUCGUUGCGGAAACCCCGGGGAGACAACUAUCGGAAGGACCGCGUAGACACCCAUCGGAAAGGGCCGGCAGAGCUUCGCGAGAUGGGUAUACACGGCUCGUUCGCCAGAAACAAUCGACGCGAACGUCGUGCCUUUACAGAGCAAGACGAUGAAAAUUUGCUGAAGGGUUUCGAAAAGUACGCAUCAUCCUGGCAUUUGAUGAGGGACGACAAGGACCUUGGCUUCUCCACUCGCCAGCCGACUGACCUGCGUGACCGUUUUCGCAUUCGAUUUCCCGAGAUGUUUGCCAAGGCUGGAUACAAGCUCAAACCAAAAGCCGAAGCAAUGCUGAAGGAGAAAGAGAAGGGAAAGAACCAGGAAACUGCGCAUAUUCACACUUCGAUUACGAGUCAAGACUCUCCGAGCUCGUCCAGAGCGAAAGACUCAGCCUCCGACACUUCCUUUUCCAGCCUGACAUCCAUCGCCACUUCCAAUUCCAAUCUCAUGCCCCUCGCUCUGCGUGAGUCCUUCCUGACUUCUUUUGCUGGCCCGCUAGACGACUUCGGCGACCUUGACUCGGAGGCAGAUGGCGACCACAGCCGUAGUCCCAUCAUCCUGAAUCGCAACAUCUUCGAAUGGGCGGAUGCGAACCCUUCCCAAAUGAGUGCAGCUUCCGCUGCCAACCUCCCAUCAAUGGGGCCCUUCGCUAGCGACGUACCUCUCGGCAUCUUCAAUGCAACUGAUGCCACGCAUAUCAACCCCAUGGCCUUGUUAAACUCCACCGUGCCUUCCUCGACGUCGCAGCCAUCCUCGUCCCAUGCUACCACCUCGUCGCGCCUUCCCGAUCCUUACCAUCACGCAAACAAUGCUACUGUGGGAACCUUAACAGCAAUUACGAAGCAUUCAUCCGAUCCCAUGCUGCGCACUCCCAAUCUUCCCACCAUUGUCUUUCCACAUGUCCCCGUAUCAAGCGCUCGAAGCGCAGUUCAUAAUCUUCCUCCACCGGCGGACUUGCUUUCUGGCCUGGAGCCAGACGGACGACCUGAAGCACAGACAGUACCCUCCAUGGACGAAGGCCCCAAAAUGCGAACGCUGACUCAUUCUAUAUAUCUGGCGCGACACUGGCCCCAAUGAACAGCAUCCCAGGGAGGGAGAUGCUGACCUUAGAAAAAGGCUUCUUGCGGGAGCCUUGUAGUAGCCGGGUCGGGGCGGCUGACAUGGUGGAAGCCCUCGAAGAGAUGUCGUCAUGGGUUUUGGAACCAAAUGAUGCC